CGACCUUGUAGGGGUCUGGGUGGAAGUAUAUAAGUGAAUGCUGCCUUCCACUGAUCCACACCAGUCUCUUGAAGCGUCUCCCUACCAACCUUACUUGUUCUUGCCUCAAGAAAGAGCACCCAUAAGUUAUUGAAAACAUUUGUGAUAAAAUCGAACUUAUACAACCUCUCUUGCGCCUAAUUUGUUUCAAGUUCUUGAAGCUCCGUCACUCACCCAGACGCCACUUUCUGCUGCAAGAUACUCUUCCUGUCACAAUCUGUGCUUGAAGACUGACUUAUCAAGCUCGAGGAAACUCUCAGCUUCUUGCUGGGCUCCUGGAAAGAGUAGUCAAGCUCUCAGCAGCAACUUUCCAGUAGUAAACAACAUGUCGCCCAUCAGAAGGUUUUUCGUGAUUGGCAACUGGAAGAUGAACGUUGACACAGCUGCAGUUGACACCAUCAUCAACACCAUGACGAGCACCACCCUCGACCCCAACACAGAGGUUGUUGUGGGUUGCCCUUCCUGCUACCUCUCCUACGCCCGCCACCACCUGCCAUCUAACUUCGGCGUGGCAGCACAAAACUGUUAUAAGGUUUCUCGUGGUAACUUUAGCGGAGAGAUAUCAGCGGAGAUGAUCAGAGACUGUGGAUGUGAGUGGGUCAUCUUGGGUCAUCCUGAGCGCCGCACAAUCUUCUCAGAGACCGAUGACCUCAUCCGCGAGAAGGUCACUCACGCCCUGGACGCUGGCAUGAAGGUGGUAGCGUGCGUGGUGGAGACAGCUGAGGACCGUAAGACUGGUAACACUCGGGAGACUCUCUUUACCCAGAUGAAUGCUCUAGCUGCCGCCAUUACUGACUGGUCCCGUGUCGUGCUGGCCUUCGAGGCUCUGUGGGCCAGUGGGACUGGUGUGUUGGCCACCCCUGGCCAGGUGCAGGAGGUGCUGGCCGAGCUGCGCCAGUGGCUGAAGGAUAAUGUUUCCAACAGUGUGGCCAACAACACUCGCAUCAUCUACGCAGGAUCAGUAUCCUCAGCCAACUGCCAAGAACUGGCCAGACUGAGGGACUUGGACGGCUUCCUGGUGGGUAGUGCCGCCCUCAAGCCAGACAUUGUUGACAUCAUCAACGCCCGCUGCUAUAACCUCUCAACGAUCACUUCCAAAUCUGAAGUCGCUGACAUCACCGGUCUCCGCAACACCUAUGUUUCAAAGCCCAAUCUUAAGCCAGCCAUCGCUGACAUCAUCCAAACACUUUACUCCCACGUCUCAGCUCUCUCACAUACUCCUCGUCACAUGCAAGACCGCCAGGUGUAAUUAAGUUUAAUAAUGACUAAUUGGCCAGUUAUUUGUUCAUGACAAAAGACACACGAAGUGAAAAUCACGAGACGUGUUUGAUAGCGUUCUUCAGCAGCUGGUCUGUGUGAAGUGUAGAGUGAUGAAGAUACCUGCUGGAACCAGUCUGUGUGAAGUGUAGAGUGAUGAAGAUACCUGCUGG